AGUAUCAGGCACUAUUGUAACAUUAUGAAGAAUGCUCUGUUAGCGGUUAGCUGUUUAUGUACACAGCUUCUGCUGGGCUAAUGUGAGUAAAAUUUUAGAAUCUCGUUAGGAAACCCGCUGAUUUAUUAUUGCGUCUGGGAGGUCCUAAAUGGUCUGCAGCUACAAAACCUAAACUGAUAUUCUGAUUCUGGAUGGGUUCGACGUUUUUCGUUGCAAGAUCUUUAUGAUGAGCAGCCAAGGACAAGCACAGAAACCCCUUGUUCAGGAUGAAAAGGAGGAGGAGGACUUCUAUGACUGCCUUGAGACUCCAGAUCUCAGGGAGGAUAAGACCCAACAGGAAGCAGGUGGGUCACAGGACUUUCAUACUAAAACUGAGACACUACAUCAGGAGGAGCUGGGCGGCGGGCCACAUGAUGGGGAGCAGGGCGACGGGCAGCAGCAGGAGGAGGAGCUGGGCGGCGGGCCACAGGAGGGCGAGCAGGGCGACGCCCAGCAGGAGGUUUCAGAUCUGAAGCAUGACAACAGUGAGGGUGUGCAAUUUGAUGAUGACUACCUGAGGGAAGUGGAGAAAGAUCUAACAGAGGAGGAGAAGGAGAGUCGACGGCAGCAGAGCUUAACUAUGAAGGAAGAGGGAAACCAACAAUUUAAAGCUGGAGAUUGGUUGGAGGCAGAGUGCAGAUACACAGAGGCCCUGGGGUUAUGUCCACUGUGUUUCAACAGAGAGAGAGCUGUGCUGUUUUCCAACAGAGCUGCUGCAAGACACCACCUGGACCUGAAGGAUCAAGCAAUCUCUGACUGCACCAGAGCGAUAGAGCUGAAUUCAGACUACCUGCGGGCAUUGCUGAGGCGAGCGGAGCUUUACGAGCAGACAGACAAGCUGGAUGAAGCUCUGGAAGACUACAAGCGGGUUCUCGAACGGGACCCUAACCAGGCCAGUGCCAGGCAGGCUUGCAUGAGGUUACCUCAGCAGAUUCAGGAGAGGAAUGAAAAGCUGAAGGAGGAGAUGAUAAGCAAACUAAAGGACUUGGGUAACAUGUUCCUGAGGCCAUUCGGACUUUCCACAAACAACUUUCAGGUGAACCAGGACCAGGAAACUGGAUCUUAUUCAAUCAAUUUUGUGCAGAACCCCAACAACAGAUGACAUUGCCACGAUGAUACCAGAGUUGACAGUAAUGUCGGUCAACUUUUUUUUGUAAAAGUAUAAUAAAAGUAUCAUUUGUUUCCUGUA